UGACAAAGGGGAGGUGGUGGUUGUUGUUUUAACAUAAAAUCGUGCAUUUAUAAGAUCAUGCUCAUUACGGAACCUAAUCAACUGUUCUUAGUUGUAUGUGCGCAUAUGCAAGGCGGAAUUAUCCCUUUCUGCGUGCAGAGGUGACUUGACAGUGACCCACUGAGGUAGUUUUACCUGUCUACCCUGAAGGUGUAGUCGACUCGGCUGUGGCCACUGUACAUUGCAGUGUUAUGAGGGUUUACGUAGAAGAAGGCAACAAAUUGUUGGAUUUCAACUGUUUAUUGUGAAAUAUUUUCAGUAACAGGACCGAGGAAGGAAAAAAAGGAGUUAACGUGUGUUUUGGGUUGAUUCUGUGGAGGAUUCAAUGGGAGUAUAUCGUGGGAGUUGUUUGCUGGUCAGUGAGCCUACAGCCAGGCAAAUGUGAGCACAUUUCACCGGUUGGGUUGGAAGGAUCAAGGGUGAUCGUUGUUGUUAUUUACCAAUAGUGUAGAGCAAGUUGGGAGACUGUAGUGGAGUGUUGGCGGCUAUGAUGCUAGGCAUAGCGUGGGAUAACCUAUGCCUUAUGCUGUAUGUUUCGGUCUAAAAGACACUCCCUCGUGAAACGGCUGUGGAAACACCGUCUUAUUAACGAUGAAACCCAAAGUGCGACUGAAACUCCAGAGGAAUUGGAAUUAAAAUCUGUGGCCCACACAAUGCUCAAAAGACUCAAGGAAAAACAGCUGGAUAUCCUUGUCCAGUCUGUUGAAAGCAAGGGUGGUGAAAAUACGGAAUGUGUGUUGUUACCGAAAGAACACGUUCGAGUCGGACGGCGGUCGUUCUCUCAUCACAACCUGUGUUGUCGACUUUGGCGAUGGCCGGACCUUAGCCAAGAGGCAGAAUUGAAAAGAUUGUCUUGUUGCAAUACCGUGAAUGAUCCAGGCUACGUCUGUUGUAACCCGUAUCAUUGGAGUCUGCUUCUCAAACCAGAUACCACGGUCGCAGACCAAACUCGAACACACGAACAGAUUGAACGAGUAAAAAUUACAGAUGAGCUUCUACGUGUUAACGAGUCAACAGAAACGGGUAUGACGCCGACCACAAGAAGGUGUACCUAUUCAGACAGCGUGAAUGCCAUGAGCGGCCCUCACUGGUGCAACAUCGCCUACUGGGAGCAGCGGCAACGCGUUGGCCGACUCUUCACAGUAUUCGAACCCAGCAUUAGCAUCUUCCAAGUUCUGCCACACGGAGACGGCAUGUGUCUGGAGAUACUACAACAGGACUCGAACUUAGAAUCUGUGCGACGGACUCGAGAGAAGAUAGGAUUUGGUAUUAUCCUCAGUCAGGAGGGGGACGGUGUGUGGGUGUAUAACCGCUCCCUCUUUCCGAUCUUCGUCAACUCUCCAACGCUGGAACUUCCCAAUUCUCGGAUGUUAGUGGUUCGGAAAGUCAUGCCAGGAUAUUCAAUCAAAAUGUUCGACUAUGAGGAGGCGGAGGCGUUGGAACGAACUCGUGACCCCCUGCAGUACGAUGGGCCGUAUGACCCAAGCUCAAUUCGGAUCAGUUUUGCCAAGGGAUGGGGCCCGUGUUACUCCCGCCAGUUUGUGACUUCAUGUCCAUGUUGGGUGGAAAUACUUUUAAACAUUAACAGGUGAUAGUGGCUAGGAUUGGGACCGAAAGGUCUUGGAAUUGCGUCACAACUCUGGGCAUUCAAACUAAAAGUGUCCCCCUCCCCUCCACCCAGGGGUGAAGAAGCACCUGCUCCAGGGGAGGCUUGUGAUGAUUGUGCAUGGGAUGAGGCUUGCGUGGGCCUCGGCUUUCAGUCCUCCUCACCAGGAGGACCUGAUACCUCAUCUGGUCCUAACUGACCCUCCAUGGCCCAGGUCCUCCAAGCUGCGUCCCAUAGCAUGAUACCAAAAUGGCGGCCCCACUUGGGGUCUUCGGAAAGAAACGGGUCUAACGUACUGCUUACUGGAUUAUUGUUAGCAUUUCAGUGUGGCCCUGUCCUUGGACAGGGUCAGAAGUGGAAAAUUGGGAUUUGCCCACGAUUUAAGUAUCCGAAAAAAAACCUGCAUAAAAUGAUGGUGCAGAGGUGGGCGUGGAUCAGGCCGAUGACGCCAGCCUCAUUUCCAUACAAAGUGCCUUCUUUGUCAAUGUCAAGGUCACGUACAUCUCGCUAUGCAGAAAACAAGUCAACUGGCCGUGUUAUAAAUCGUGAAUAUUUCCCAUCAUGCAAUAACAGAUGCCCAGGCGGAAGCAGGAAAAGAAAAUACUAGUUACCUCCCUUGAAUACUGAACUACCUACAUACAUACCUAUAUGAAAUAUGUAUAUAUGCAGAAAUCAAAUUAACUGGGCCUGAAGUGGUCCAAGAAAUGGUACGUGAACGGAGGGCAAAAACAAAUGAGCCCAGUUAUAAAUAUUUUAUAUAAGCAUACCAUGUGCCUGUGUAUACGUGUCUCUGUACAUACGGUCCAGACAUUUUUAUCAUGUAAUUUAUGACAUCAGAAGUGCAAUGCAUUUGGCACUUUUUAUCCUGUUGAAAUACAAAAUAGAUAUGGAAUUGUGGGAAUGUUGUGCCAAGACCAAUGGUGUGCAAUUCUUUGUCAACACGAGUUGUGUAAUUCAAUUAUGCCCUCUUCAGCUCUACUACACUUCCAAGGGAAGUUUUAUGUUUGAAGGUUGCCAUGGUAACGGAAUGUUUUUGUUGCCAUGGGAACGCUACCUGAGACAAUGUGCAAGUAUUUUUAACUCUCACAAGCAGCCGAUUCAAGACUUGGUAAGGUUUUAACAUCAGGCUUUGUUUUGUUUUGACAUUUGUUUUACAUGUGUUGUGUUAAGAGUUUUAGAUGCUACCCAUUUGACAGGUCCAUUUUCAAAAGUUAUUGGGAAAAACUGACUUCAAGUCAUUGUUGUCAUGAAUGUGCUUGAAGAUUAGAAUUUCCCGAUGGAGUUUCAAGGAGUUUUACUACAAAAGACUGCAGUGUUAAUGAUAAUAUUUCCUCUGUAGUCUUGACUCGGCUGUUUGUUGACGUUUUAGCAGCAUUUUAAUAUGAAUCUACCUCAUUAGCUGGCGUCAAUGUUCUGUUACUGCUAUGUUAUAUGUUUGUUACCUCACACACACGGCAGGCCCCCGAGGGGUGGGGCAGCCACAUUCUGCCUAUCACCCAAGGGCACCAGCAUGGGUGGGCUGUAAGAGAAAUUGUGGCUGAAGGUGUCCAAAUUUGAAAUGAUUUGAUAAAACUGUUUGAAUGAAUUUUAAAUUUUGAAAAUUGUUUUUUUUUGUACAUUGUACAAAGCAACUGUUAUGAGUUCGAUGUUGUUGGUGCACGGUGUGUGCAUGGUGAAAUGGACUGCCUCCUUCACACAGACUGGCUGCACAGCACUGCUACCUCCAGGCUGGCCUCAUGGUAACUACGGCAAAUGCUGGAACGUUUCAUAUUUAGAAAUAUAGAAUGUAUGAGGACUCCAUAUUCCUUAACACAUAAAGUAAUGCUGAAAUCAAAUGAUACGCACAGAAGGUUUCAUAAUAGGAAUUAAAAGGAUCUAAUACCUCUUAGUGAUAGCUAUAAGAAAAUGUUUUAGUAUUGUUAAUGAUGAAUAGGGAAAGCUUAGAGGAUCCUGGCUGGUUGGGGACUGGCCACUGACGUUGGUGUGGAUACCUGGCUGUGUUAACCUCAUCGUCAGAGGAUGCUUCUGGACAGGAUACAGGACAGUUAACCCUGUUCAGGAGGGUCAGUGACUGACAUGGGGCCAGGAGGGCAGGCAGGACUCACCUGCCAGUUGUCUUCCAGCAUAAGGGAGGAAGGGAGGGAGCCGGUGUAUGGGGACAGCGAGAGGGGGAUGAUGUGAUGGCGACGGGUGGGGGAACACUUGACGAUGGGUGCCUUGGUGACUUGACUUGAUCAUAGGUGCCUUGGUGACUAGGUGCCUUGAUGACGGAGGAUGGUGGUGACAUGAGGACGGGUGACAAGGGUUGGGCAGGAGAAGCAAGGGUGACAGUUUUAUGUGGAGGUAUAUAGACCUCUGUCCCCGUGUCUCCAGGGAGGGGAGGGGAGGGGUAGAUGCUUAGGAGCAGGUUUAUCAGUGCAGAUCAAGAAUUUAUAUUUAUAUACAAUAUGAUAUAACUAUUUUGGUCAUCGAGGAUAUUGCGCUACACUAGAUCGAGCUGAAUGUCCAGUGGAUGUGAUGAUGAAUUUAAUUCAGUUUAUUCUGGUGUAAGAUGAAUGUUUGCUGUAGUUGUGUCCUAAGAAGGCCGUUCAUAAUGAGAUCAGUCUGAAGCAGUUUGAAGUCUAACACAGCAGAUUAUGAGCCAGGUUGUAUCUUCUCCCCAAGAUGACAGAUUUUCAGAAUAAUUAAGCAGUGAUGGUAACACAGCGAGAUGUCGGCCAUGCUCCAGCCAGCCACUUGAGCAAAUCUAUAUCUGCUAUCUGCAUAUUGGGACAUGAUCAGGUGAAACUCGCAACUUAAAGUGACAUUGGAUAGCAGGGAUCGUGAAACCUAAAUGCAAAUAGGACAAUAUGAGAAGGUGACUGAGCAGGAAUAGAUGUCUCCUGCAGUUUAUGAGGGCUCUUGAUCUACAGGGAUUAAGAGGACCUGCGCCAGGCUGACUA